AUGCAUACAAGCAAAGCGAAAGCGUCCACCAAGAAGCCAAGGGCGGCAAAGACGCCAAAGGUCAAAUACAGAAGGAUGACAAUCACAAAAAACCGUGCAUGCACAAGAGACGUGUACCGAGACUUAUACCACCACUCCAAGGACCUUUCCACCAUCAGUCACUUCAAUGUGAACGAACUAGAUGCUGAAUAUCUCCGGAAACUCUUAUCCCUCAAUAUGCCGAACCUGGAGGAUAUCAAUUUGAGAUUCCGGGAAAGUGCGCGCUCAGGGCUGGACGAGGGACGCUCAACUGUCGUAAUCCCGGAUAAGUGA